UGCAACGCGGCCUGUUCAGAUGGAAGUUUUAGGGAAUGAUUCAUGGAACCUCCUUCCAGAAUGUAAAUUGCCAGCAGAUUUAAAAUGAAGCAGCAUUGCUGGGAGUGAAAGGCAGUUCAAAGCGCAGGCUAAAAUGCAUGUCUUGAAUAUGCUGGGUCAGCACAGAGCUAUGCUAGUUACACCAGCUGAGGAUCUGGCCAAUUAAGGAAGACCCACACAUCCAGGGCAAGGGUGUCACCUGUCUGAUCAAGAAGUAUUAAAACUGGGCAAUGCCUUCUAUAUAGCUGCAGAGCACAAGGAGCUGGGGAGGUGCUCCUUUAUUCUCCUUGGAGGGGGAGAGACUUUGAGGUAAAACCUUGGACUCCCCAGUCUCUCCCCAUGGAUAAAGGACACACUUUACCCCAGGAUAUCCGGGACUUGCGGCACUGCCUGAGAAUGAAGAGCAAGUAUGCCAUUCUCCUGGUGUUUGUUGUAGCUCUUGUCAUUAUCGAGAAAGAAAACAAUAUCAUAUCAAGGGUAUCAGACAAGCUGAAGCAAGCCCCACAAUCUCUGAUGGAGGUCAACAGCACAGACCCUGGCCUAGUGCUGUCAGAAAAUGAGUCCCUCUUGUCCCUCAGCGAGCUGGACUCUGCCUUCUCUCAGCUCAAGAGCCGGCUUCAGAAUGUCACCCUGCAGCUGGGAGGGACCAGGGAGACUGCUGUGGCACAGGGACCCCGGAGACAUGUGCUCCUGAUGGCCACCACCCGCACAGGUUCCUCCUUUGUGGGAGAGUUCUUCAACCAACAGGGCAACAUUUUCUAUCUCUUUGAGCCAUUGUGGCACAUCGAGAGGACAGUGUCAUUCGAGCCAGGCGGAGCAAACGCGGUGGGAUCGGCCCUCGUCUACCGAGAUGUCUUGAAGCAGCUGUUGCUCUGUGACCUCUACAUCCUGGAGAACUUCAUCACCCCUCUCCCUGAGGACCAUCUGACCCCAUAUAUGUUCCGGCGGGGCUCAAGCCGCUCCCUGUGCGAGGACCCUGUUUGCACCCCUUUCGUCAAGAAGGUCUUCGAGAAGUACCACUGCAAGAACCGCCGCUGUGGCCCCCUCAACAUUACCCUCGCUGCAGAAGCCUGCCUGCACAAGAAUCACAUGGCACUCAAGACAGUGCGAAUUCGGCAGCUGGAGUUCUUACGACCCCUGGUCGAAGACCCUCGCCUAGACAUGAGGAUCAUCCAGCUGGUGCGGGACCCCCGGGCGGUGCUGGCCUCUCGCAUUGUGGCCUUCUCGGGCAAGUAUGAAACCUGGAAGAAAUGGGCUUCAGAAGGAGCAGCUCCCCUCAACGAGGAUGAGGUGCAGAGGCUGCGGGGGAACUGCGAGAGCAUCCGCCUCUCGGCUGAACUUGGCCUGAGGCAGCCAGCGUGGCUGCGGGGCCGCUACAUGCUGAUCCGCUAUGAGGAUAUUGCCAGGUCACCUCUCCAAAAUGCCAAGGAGAUGUACAGGUUUGCUGGCAUCAGCCUCACCCCACAGGUGGAGGAAUGGAUCCAGAAGAACACCCAGGCGCCUCAGGACAGCAAUGGCAUCUACUCCACCCAGAAGAACUCCUCAGAGCAGUUCGAGAAGUGGCGCUUCAGCAUCCCCUUCAAGUUGGCCCAAGUGGUGCAGAGUGUCUGCGGCCCAGCCAUGAGUCUGUUUGGCUACAAACUGGCCAGCGACCAAGAGACCCUCACAAACAGAUCCAUCAGUUUGCUGGAGGAAAGGAGGGCCUUCUGGAUCACGUAAGAUCUCACAUCGCUGGGUUUCCGAACGGAAACAUAUGGUUAGACUGAAAAAAGAAAAACCUGAGCACAAGAACAGCUGGGGAAGCUGGAAAGGGGCCACUGUCCCCUGCUGACACGUAUACACCCUCGUUUAUAAGACUUGCGUUUGCCAUGCACUCCUCAUCCUAGCGAGGUGCUUCCUGAUUCUCCAGUGGACAGCAGGGGGAAUGCAGUAACAUCCAGGAGCUCUAUCUAGAUGGAUUAUAACGUGGCCACCCUUUGAAACUAAAUGGAGCUCAGAAGCUGGCAGUGGGGAGAACCAAAGCAGUAGGUACUAGCUUCCAUACCUCACCUCUUAGCUUUCUUCUCUGCACAAGCGCCACCCUUCUUUCAAAGGGCAUUUCUGCACUAAACCUCCAAAGAGAGAAUUGUAUGUUUUAAAAAUCUUCGUACACUUUAAAAUCCCUCAUCUCGCCGAGCGAGGAGGUGAGUGGAGCCGAGGGUUGCACUGAUAUCGCCUUGGGCAAACGUAAAGACCUCGCUAAGCUGUAUUUGGUUGGGUUGAUGGAACUGUCAGAAAGGGACUUGGUUGGGGUUUGUUGCCAAGAAACCUCUUAGUAAAUCCCCAGUGACAGGAUCUGGGAGACUCUCUCCUCCCAUCCUGACUGCUGCUGCCUUACGCUGACAAACACUCAUGUCUCGGACACUUUGUGCAUGUCUGUGGACCUUUAAAUAUACCAACAGCCUGUUAAACCUUGAGAGAUGUGACUGAGUCCUACAAGGGUGAGCACAUUCCCUCAGACCAUGCUCUCGGAAGAGCAAAAUGCCAGGACAUCGAGAAAACUUGUAGCAGAGCCAGCAAACAGCCACACCAUGAUCACUGGCACUGGUGCAGCAUUUUCCACCUCAGCUGCUUGUUAUCAAGUGGACCAAAGCCAGCAGCUGAGAGAUGGCAGGGAGACAAUGAAAACACUAUUUAAAAGAGAGAGAGAGACUUAGAGAGAGAAAGCGAAAGCAAUGCUCUCUAUCCCUGGGGAUUCAACUGGUCUCCUUCUAAGGUGCCAUCAGCUGUUUUGUCUUCCACCACCACGGAGGCUGGAUUCCUCAGUGAUCGUUUGCUGGUGUCUAGAAAUCGAUACUGAAAGCUUUCUUGGCUGGUGGUGGCAGGGUGUUUCUGUAAUGGUAUUUAUAUUUUGUCCUUGCUAUUGUUUGUAUAUCUUUGGAAGUGCUAGUUGGAGGCUGACAGCAAUUCUCCUGCCCAAAGUAAAGGGGAGUAGUUUGUACCAAUUAGCUUUUUGUGGCAGGAGAGGGGGGAGGAGAGAGACUGGGAUGCAGGCAAGUGGGAACUCAUCCAAAAUUAGGCAAUAGGAAUAGUUUCCAUAACAGAAAGAGAUGGUCUCAGAUUGCAACAGACGAAUUCCUAGCCUGUGCCGCCCCUUGUCCAAUCCACAGUUAGGUUAGGUUUUUGCUUCCUGGAGUUUGUUCUCUUCCCAGGGCAACCCAGAGACUACUCCAGAAGAGGUCUUCAGACUCCUUUUCAGCCCCAUCAUUAUUCUGAGAUACCCAUUGAGUCCCCUCACCCUUAAAUACAUCCUCAGGGAAGAAACAUGGAACAAGAUCUGAGCUGGGAGUGGGGAUUUUUUUAGUAAUUUUUGAAGGGGCAGCAUCAGUUUUUUGUUUUAAAUCAGAUUUAAAGGGAUACUGUCAACACAGCAAACUUCUCUCUGAAACUUAUCUUUACUUCCUGUUGUCACAGAUUAUUCAAAUUUAGAGAGAUUGCAAGAGACAUUUCUCUGUUUUUCAGUGUGUUUACUUUGUGCAUUUAUCAGUACUUUAGGCAGUCAGUUUCAUCCGUGGUUGGAUUCACUUCCUAAUCUCAUGCACUAGCCUGAGAGAAUAUCAGAAUUCUCAUGCACAAGGGUGGGGGCGGGCACAGCUAGGCAGGGGAGCAGUCCUCCUAAUCUCCCAUGGAUCCAUGGACAUGGCCUGGGAGCACUGGUAAACUGGAGCUGGACAGCAGGUAGACGGAAUAAGCUGUUGCUGACAUGGGUGAUCAGCAUAGGGGAGACGCUAAUGCAGGAGGGGGAUCCAGGCACGUCUUGUUUAUGGCCAUUGUUGUGCCGGAGCACACCCCCGUUUGAGCAACUGAUAUGAAAUCGACAAGGGAAAGAGAAACAUACAAAAAUAAAUGCAGGAUAAUAGCUGAAAUUCUCAGCCCUCAGUGUACUUUAACAUAGUGUAUGCCCCCAACGUACACCCAUGUAAAAAAAGAAAAAAUUGACAGUGUCCCUGUCACAGGGAGAGCUAGGUGGCACCUCCUCCUGGUCGCUCUGGGGAACAGCUCUGUCCAACUCCGGUGCCCCCUUCUGCUGCUCACUGCAUGCUCUGCUGUCUCUGACUCUCUGUGACUCAAGGGGCUCUGUUUUUGUGGUUUGGCCCUCCAGCCAGAUCACUAUAGUCCUCCCCUUCCAGGGUAACAAAAUAAAUCUCCAAACCAGCUGUCCUGAGCUCCUCUCCAGUGCUUCUGUGCCACUUCCCAGUGGUUGGUAGGAGAACCCAGGCCUGCCCUCUAUACUGGGUUCCAGCCCAGAAACCUUGUAACAAGCAGCCAAGGUCUGCAUGGUCCUACCCCUUGCUGCUGUUUUCCCUGGGCUUCUUCCCACCUAGCUCUCUCAGGCUUCCUUUCCCCACAACUACUCUGGGGUUGACCCUUGUUCUAGGGUUAGAAUCCUGGUGCUUAUUCUCCCUCUGGGGUUUUCACCUCCCCUCCUCUGUGCUCCCAGAGAGCAACCUCGGAGUCUCCCUGCAGUCCCCUUCUGCAGCAAACUUCCUGGCUUUAUAAUCCAGUCUGCUGCAGCCCAACUGAGUCUCUUGUUCAGUUAAGCCUGGCUUUCCCUCCUGGUACAGCCAGGUACCUAGGGUAACCAGACAGCAAAUGUGAAAAAUCGGGACAGGGGGUGGGGGGUAAUAGGAGCCUAUAUAAGAAAAAGAACCAAAAAUCGGGACUGUCUCUAUAAAAUCGGGACAUCUGGUCACCCUACAGGUACCCUAAUUGGUCCCUGAGGCCCACAUUAACCCUUUCAGGGCCUGUGUGGAGUACAUACCCAUCACAGUUCUCUUUUUUUUAAAAAGCAACAAUCCACAUCUCCCUCCCAGGGUUACUAACAACACCUUAUAUUGUUAAACUGAAAUAGUUUUUUAAAGAUAUGAAUUUAUUUUAUGCUAGUUAUGCAGUUUGUCCAAACUGAGAUGCAGAAAGUAAUCAGUGAAAACAGACCUGGCAGCUGGGGUGCUGGAACAAUUUUUAUAGUGGGGCUGUUGAAAGCCAUUGAACCAAACUGUAAAUGAUGGAAACCUCUUCAAGCCAGGGGGUGCAGCAGCACCCCCAGUUCCAGCACUUAUGCCUGGCAGUUUCAUUUUUCAGCUCCCUUGUACUAGCACAAUUCUUUCUGCAGUGUUUCGGUUGCAGAUAUUGCAAAGAGAAUGUUGCUACAAAAAGGUUGAAACUGUUUCCAAUUGAGCUUAAAAAUAAUCAUGAAAACAUUGAUUAAUAGCAGGUUUUGUAAAAAAAUAAAAAUAAAAAAAAAAUAUAUAUAUUUUUCUAUCCCUACAUUUGGGGCCUAAGCUAUCUUUACAGUUUUUCAAGGAAUUACUUAUGGCUAAAUGAAGCUUAGAGAACUGAAAAGAAAUUAACAAAUAUAUGCUUCAAAGGGUGCUUUUCUAUGUAUGCCCUUGCAACUCACGUGUGGAGUUGUUUGUGAAACCCAAACUCUGCACCCACUGAAGAGCACAUUUUAAAUUACUACCUAUAGGUAUAUAAACCAUAAAGGGCAACUAUACAACAGCUUCCUCCUUCAAGCUCACAGACCCUCCGGUGCAAACAAUCAUUUUUGACCUCUCUUUCUUUAAUAUUCACAUUAUGUCUUCUAUCUGACUCAUCCUAUAUUAUAAUUUGUUUACCUUUGGAAAGGUAGCAGACUUAGGCCUCAAUUCAGGAAAGCACUUUAAGCACACCUUAAUGUUAAGCAUGUGCAUAAAAACUGUCCUGAACAGAGGUGCUUUCCAGAAUAAGGGCCUUAAUGCAUACUGGAGCAUUUCUUCAAUAUACUCAAGACAACAAGAGCUAUAGGUACAGCACGAGGGGCCCUAUUUGCAAUUGCCUUCUACCUUGUGUCAUCAUUUGCAUCAGUGUAAAGUGGCUGUAAAAGGUCCCCAAACCAAAAUGGUAAUGGUUUACACAAUAUGACCACCCAGUGGACCUGAGCCAAGGCCCAUUUAAAUCAAUGGAAAGACUCCCACUGACUUUGACAAGUUUUGGAUCAGCACCAAGGUGCAGGGUAACCAUGAAUCAGAUCCAUACUGCGCCUUGAUCAAACUUACUUUGCCAGCUCAAGCAGGGAGCCCCCAGUGGAAACAGUCCUGUUGCAGUUGGUAGGGGAGAGUGUGUUUACCUGGAGCUCCAACCAGCACUUUGGUUCUGAGAAGUGAGGCGUUAUUAUUGCUAUUGUUUGUUUUGUUUGUGCUUUUCAAAAGUUUAUUUUAUUUUUUUUGUCUACAAGGGCUGCAGUCUGGCAGGAAAGAAGCUGCCACUUCCUGCAAUAUGUAGAACUGUUCAGAGAAUGGAGGGUUUAAUAUUGUAAACUGCAAGGGGAAUUUAUUUAUUUAUUAUGUGAAAAAGAGGGGAAAUAUUUUAUUAGCAGGGAGUCUGAGCUACACCCAAAAACAGGCAGACAACAAAUAUCCCAAGAAAUGGAAAAAAGGUAAACAAUUAAACUCAGAGCAGCACAGUUAUGAUUUCAAACAAAAUGCUGUUGUUUUGAGAAGUCUGUUUUUCUUAACACCCAGAAACAAACAAAAAUCACACUUCUGUCUCAAAACUGCUAACUGCUGUUGUUACAAGUAACCUACCUACACACUCUAUAACUGAACCAGAUUAGGUUCACUGUUCUCUGUUAUUGGCGGAGUCGGGGGGCUUCGCACAGCAACAGGAAGAAAGAAAAUGUCUUUUUAUUUUUUUAAGGAAAGCGUGGUUGAAAAAAAUCUCAAAAAUUGGCAAACUCACGCUGAGUAGGACAUGAAACUAUUUGUAGCACUUUUAAAAUGACAGCCUUUCAAAUGGCCCAUUUCACAAGCUGAGAGCUUGUUGACACUGCGUUAUGUCGGUAUAAGUUAUCUUGCUCAGCGGUGUGAAUAAGCCAUCCCCCACACAACGUAACUUAUACUGACCUAAGCGCCGGUGUGGACAGCACUAUGUUGACAUAGCUACCAUCCCUUGUAGAGGGAGUUUUAUUGUGCUGACGAGAGAGCAUCUUCACCAGACAUGCUACAGUGGCGCAGCUGUGUCGGUGCAGCUGUAGCGUUCUAGUGUAGACUAGCCCUGAGACACACAAUAAAUCCCAGACAGGACAAAGGCUUUGGAUAUAAUUUUAUGGCCUGGGAAAACACAGAAAUGCACAGGAAGUGAAAGGGUACAUGCCGCCGUGGCAUAAAAGAAUGGCUGUUGCCUCUGGGGAGCCCAUCUGGAAUCAGACCUGUGCAUAAUGAGAAGUAAAUAUAGGGGUUUCAGUCCCCCCCGGGGGGAGCUGAUACCAGGUGCCCUCAUCCCAAGAGAUGGGGAGAAAGGGUGCAAUAGUCAGAGCUGAGGUUAUUUGGUAGAUGAAUGUGGGAUAUGUGACUAGAUAUGGAAAGCCAAAUCCUGCCACGAUUUACACCUAUUGCAAUCACACAGGACUUCAGUGGGUCUUAAAUCAGGCUAGGAUUUGGCCUAGACACUGGAAUUCUGUCUCAUUGCAGGAGCAGUCCCUCAGGGCAGGGCUGAAUUCAUUAGCAGCUCAUGGGAAUCACGCUGGAUGGCUACCUUCUCUGUACAUAGCCCUGGGAUAGACAGAGGGAGUCAGUUCUCUGCUCAGCCAGUCACUUGACCUUCCCAAGCACAAGAGAGUCAUUCACCAGUUAUUUGUUUAUUUAAAGGUUUUUUCUCUCUCCAUGAACAUAUCUUCAGGCUGGAGGAGAGAGACAGUCUCUGACCUUGGCACAUAAAAGGACUAUUCCUCUGUGUUCCAGUUAUUAGACCUGGAAAGGGAAAUUUCUAACACCACAUUCUUUCUCUGGUGUAUUCGAUAGAGCUACACAUUCUCUCCCCCUUCUCUGUCCUAUAGGACAGGGACCAGGCUCAGGUGCUAGAAGAAAGCACUGCAUGCAGUCAGCCUGUCGUGCUCUCCUGAACCUCAACUCCCUUGCGGUACUGCAGCAUAGCAACCUCCAGCUAUCAGGCUAGUUCGUGGAGGGAGGGUCCUUCACUCACCAACGUUUCGGGUGUGGAGAAGCGUGAAGAAAGAGCAGGAGCUGGCAGCAGGGUCUGAAUGGAGCCUUUGACUUGCGGCUAUGCUGCGUGUCACCCCAGGCUCACAACUGCCAUCUGUGCUCCUAAGGCUGUAAAAUGGAGAGCUGCUUUAUUACUUCAGCUGUUUUCUUCCUUCCCUUCUUCCUCCUCUCAUCCGUCUUUGCUUGUCAACUCAAAGGGAAGAAUCUCAGGCGCCUGGCCCUCUUCAAUGGCUGACAUCACACCGCCCAGGAGAGCUGUUCCAUGUGUUUAAAAUCAGAACGCCCGCCUCCAGGAAAGUCGACGUAACUUUAGCUGCAGGGGCUUUCCGCAUUGUCGGGGAAAAUUCAAGGAGGCAGGAGGCAAGGGAGGGUAGGCCACAGCAUCAGGCAAGCUUCAAAGGGAAAUGCACUGGGAUGGGGUUCCUUGGGCAGCUGGAAGUGUGCACCUAAGGGAGUCCAGCAUCCCUCGAUUAUUUAUCUGGAUGCAGAGAACUCUGUGCUGCCACCUAGGAGUUUUUACAAAACUAAAUUAACAGCUAAACCAAUGUCCAGAUAUUUUCUUACUGGCCCUGUGUUAAGGGUUUAGCUUGAAGGCUUGCCUGGCUCCAUAGCAGUGAUAUUACACAGGGUUUUUUACACUCCGGGAGCCACUGUGGUCUGCAGGCCCUGGAAGCGCUGACAGACACAUCCUCUGAGGAGAGUACUCAGUACUCUAGUUUGAAUCUUCCAUGCACAGAAAUGAAUGUGAACCUUGUAACCAGUUAGAAGAUGGUUGACUUGACUUAUUUAAUUAAAAACACAAUGGAGCAGAAUCCAAAAAGGCAUCUCUUGUCUCUCUGGCAUUUAUUCACUUGUUAUUUUUGGCAGCGGGAGAAGUGUAGACA